GGGGCAGUACUGGUCGCUCUCUAAGAUGGCGGCGCCGGGCCCACGUGGUGCGCGCUGAGGCGAAGGGUGUGGUGGGGAAAGAGAGACAUUCACUGGUAAUAUGGCGGCGGCGGCGAGCAUGGAGGAGGGCGAGAGGAAAGAUGAAGAUGAGGAAGACGAGGUGGAGGAGCAACUGGUCAUGGUGGAACUAUCAGGAAUUAUUGAUUCAGACUUCUUAGAAAAAUGUGAAAACAAAUGCAAGAUUUUGGGAAUAGAGACAGAGAGGCCCAUUUUACAAGUGGACAGAUAUGUGUUUGCAGGAGAAUAUGAAGAUACCUUGGGAACCUGUGUGGUUUUUGAAGAAAACACAGAGCAUGUAGAUGCAGAGGGCAACCAAAAAGUACAGCUGAAAUACAAGUGCCACACAAUGAAGAAGCUGAACAUGACCCGGACACUUCUGACAGAGAAGAAGGAAGGAGAAGAGAAUGUUGGUGGAGUGGAGUGGUUACAGAUCAAGGACAGAGACUUUUCCUACAGUAGGCCUAAUACAAUUUGCAGCUUUCUGCGUGAAAAAGAAGAUUCUGAGGAGUCAGCUCAGGCCCAAGACAAAUUCACUGAAGAGUCAGAGGGAGAGGUGAGUGGCGGAGGAAAUUCUGACAUGAAUUGUGAUCUGGAGAAGCAACACAGCAUGGAAGUAGAUGCCUCUAUUCGUCUGCCUGACAGCCCUGCUUCUGGGGCAGAGGAUUCUCCUUCUGGAAGUGUUGCCUUAGAUGAUGCCCCUCCAUGAUAUCACCUCUGAUCUUUUCAGGAUUUCUUCAUGGAGUUAAUGGGCCAACUUAUAAAUGCCAACUUUUAUAGGCUGUAACCUGAUUUCUAGUUCAUCUGAGCAAUUAAUGGUGGAAAAAUGGACAUUGUGUUCUUGUGCAUUGCUUUUAUGCUUGGAUUAUAGUGGGGAGGGCUUAAGUGUUUUUAAAAAAUGCUGAUUGGAAUGUGUGUGUCUCUACCUCAAAAUUGAAGAAAAGAAAAUGGUUACAUUAAAAAAACCCUCACCUUAGAAAAACGUUGAUGUCUUGCACAGUCUGGAACAUUUUGUAAAAAGAAAAAAGAAAAAAAAAAUUGUUUAAAAUAAAGUCCUGAAUUUUUCAAGUAUA